AUGGCUCCAGCCCAAUUGCAUCUAGUCUUUCUAACUAUUUUCCUACGUUUGAUAACUGCGCAACAUAAUGACGGUUCUGUAUCUCUUGGUGCAUUACUCACUGCUGCGCCCAAUGUCACACCAUGGCUUUCAUCUUCCGGUGAAUUUGCCUUUGGGUUCCAACAAGUUCAAGGGAUCGAUAAUUUUUUGUUAUCCAUAUGGUAUGACAAGAUACCUGACAAGACGAUCAUCUGGUAUCCCAAAGAAGGUCUUAUGGUGCCUACAGGAUCCAAAGUUGAGUUAACUGGUGGGAGUGGGCUCGUACUCAGUGAUCCUCAGGCACAGAGCAAUUCUCGCAAGUUAUGGGGUAGUUUUGAUUUUCCAUCAAACACCUUGUUGCCUACUCAGGUUAUGGAGAUAGGUGGAGGGAUGAAUUCAACAAUUAGUGCAACAAACUUCUCUGGUGGACGCUUCCAGUUACGUUUCCAACAAGAUGGAAAUCUUGUUCUUAGCAGUCGAGAUAUACUUUCAGGUAAUGCUUAUGGUGCUUAUGAUUCCAGUGGCACAGCUGAUGCGACCAAUUCCACAAAUAUCGGUGAAAAAGUGAUUUAUGAUGCAAUGGGAUACAUUUAUAUACUGAAAAGAAGUGGAGAAAGAUUUGGUCUUUCUCAAAGAGACACAGUUCCUUCUGGAGAUUAUUAUCAUAGAGCUACUCUAGAUUAUGAUGGGGUUUUUCGUCAAUACUACCACCCCAAGAAUGCAACUGGCAAUACAAGCUGGGAAGUAAUAUUGUCUAUGCCAGAAAACAUAUGUAAUAUCAGUAUGAGGAUGGAUAGCGGUGCUUGUGGGUAUAACAAUGUUUGCAGCCUUGAUGGUAACCGCAGAAAAUGUGAAUGCCCACAGGGGUUCUCAUUGCUUGAUCCAAAUAAUCCCAGUGGUGAUUGCAAGCCUGAUUUCACUCCAAAAUGUGAUCAAGUUGAGUCCAAUAAUAUUGAUUUCAUCGAGCUCGAUAAUAUUGAUUGGCCAGAAUCAGACUAUGAGCACAUGGACCCAAGUAAUGAAGACACCUGCAAAAGUUCCUGCUUGGAAGAUUGUUUCUGUGCUGUCGCAACAUACAGCAACAACCAAUGUUGGAAGAAGAGGUUUCCACUCUCUAAUGGGAGAAUGACUCCAGGUGUGAAGCCGUUCGUGAAAUACCGGAUUGGUGAUAUUCCGCUUCAAAGCCCUCCUCGUCAAAACCCUUUUCGGCUCCCUGGAGAAAAAAAAGAUCGAAGAAGUCUGAUAGUUGUCGGAUCGGUUCUCUUAGCCACUUCUGUGUUUGUAAUCUUUGUGUUGAUUGGUAUGGGUUUCUUUGUAAUCUACAAGAAGAAGCCGAGAAACACAUAUUCAAUUAGUCAAGAUGCUGAAACCAAUCUGCCUCGGUUUACAUAUCACGAGCUAGUUGAAGCUACAGAUGGAUUCAAAGACGAAUUGGGGAAAGGGGCUUUUGGGACAGUCUAUAAAGAGAUCAUUUCAUGCCGAAAAAGCUUGGUUUAUGAGAGUGAUGAGAAAGGGGUGGCGGUUUUAACUGAUCUUGCAUGGGAUUGCUAUGAAGAAGGUCGACUGGAUACAUUUGUUGACAACGAUCUGGAGGCAUUGGAUGACUACAAGAAACUUGCAACUUUUGUGAUGGUUGGCCUGUGGUGUGUACAAGAGAACUCAUCCUUGAGGCCAACCAUGAGGAAGGUCAUCCAAAUGCUUGAAGGAGGAAUUGAGGUGGCAGAACCUCCAUGUCCAUGCUCUUUCUCUGUUACCAGUUACUGA